GCAAUUCAGUCAAGAACAAGGCGUGCUUUGCGCUUGAGAGAGUUGUGAGAGAAAAUCGUCACUUUCGAGAGAGAAAGGGAGAAGGAGAGAAAACAAAAUAAGAGAAAGAAAGGAAGUUGAGUUUGGUGGGGGUUGUUAAUGGCGAUUUUGACGAAGGGGAAACAAAAGUGAGAGUUUUGAGAAAAUCUGGCAUUUCGUUUUGUUUGAUAACAGCUCAUAAGGGAUCGUUAAUUUUCUUGGAUUUUCUCGGUGUUUGGCCUUGUUGGGUCUUUGAAUACCUCGUCGUUUAGUUUUGUGGGCUGUUAAAAUACGAACACUUGCUGGAAUUAGAAAGCAAGACUCUCUAUUUUUUAAGCAUUCAGGGUGUUGAAAUUCAACCAAGGAAAGCAAGAGAAGCUUUAUGGAAAUGGAGUGGAGCGCUUGUUUGGAUGAGUAUGAAAAGCUUGUUAUAAGGAUGAACACUCCCAGGGUCGUCAUCGACAAUGCCGUUUGCCCCACUGCGACUCUUGUCAAGGUUGACAGUGCCAGGAAACAUGGAAUUUUGCUUGAGGCUGUUCAGGUUCUCACGGAUCUGAACCUUUCAAUUAAAAAAGCUUACAUUUCUUCCGAUGGAAGGUGGUUCAUGGAUGUUUUUCAUGUAACUGAUGUAAAUGGAAAUAAAUUGACAGACGAGAGCGUUAUCAAUUACAUUGAGCAGUCACUUGGUACCAUUCAUUAUGGAAGAACACUUGAUUUUAAUGGAUUAACAGCAUUGGAACUAACAGGCACAGACAGGGUUGGCCUUCUCUCAGAGGUCUUUGCUGUGCUGGCUGACCUGCAAUGUGAUGUGGUAGAUGCUAAAGUUUGGACUCACAAUGGCCGAAUUGCUUCAUUCAUUCUUGUAAAGGACUGCAAUUCAGGGUCCCCAAUUGAGGAUUCACAACAAAUUGAUAGAAUUGAGGCUCGCUUAAGAAAUGUUCUUAAGGGGGAUAAUGACAUUAGGAGUGCCAAAACAUCAGUUUCUAUGGCCGUCACACAUACAGAGAGAAGACUGCAUCAGAUGAUGUUUGCUGAUAGGGAUUACGAACGAAAGCCUAUUUUGAGGCUAAGUGCCGAUUCUCCUGUGGUUACAGUUCAGAAUUGGGUGGAGAGAGGUUAUUCAGUUGUUAAUGUUCAGUGCAAGGAUAGAAUGAAACUUAUGUUUGAUGUUGUUUGUACAUUGACAGACAUGGAAUAUGUUGUAUUCCAUGCCACAAUCAACACAGUUGGGAGUAGAGCAUAUCUGGAGUUCUACAUUAAACACACUGAUGGAACCCCAAUUAGUUCUGAGCCGGAAAGGCAGCGUGUAAUCCAGUGUUUGCAAGCUGCAGUUGAGAGAAGAGCAUCUGAGGGUGUGAGGCUAGAGUUAUGCACCCCAGAUAGACAGGGACUUUUAGCAGAUGUGACAAGAACGUUUAGAGAGAAUGGUCUCAACGUGACACGAGCCGAAAUUUCCACCUCCAGAGACAUGGCUGUAAACGUAUUCUACGUAACAGAUGUAAUUGGUAAUCCUGCAGAUUCUAAGAUAAUUGACUCUGUUCGACAAAAAAUCGGAUUGAGUAACUUGAAAGUGAAGGAAUUGCCACCAUUGGUAUACCACCAAGAAGCAGAAAGGGAAAGGCAGGAGGUAGGAGUUGCUGGGACAGUGUUGUUAUCAUUAGGUAGCUUAGUGAGAAGGAAUCUAUACAAUUUGGGAUUGAUCAGAUCAUAUUCUUAAAGUGAAUCAUUAAAGGCAAAAUGGGUUGAGAUUUGUUGAUGAACAGGUCUUUUGAGGUGGACAUUAUUCUUUGCUUCAGGCUUGGGGUAGUGUUGUACAUAUGGGCUACAAGUGUCAGAAUUUGGUUAUAGUAGCCAUUAGUAGUAGCUGGUCAUAGUUUGGUUUGGUUGGCUGAAUAGAUACAGUGAUGGGAGUAGGAUUGUAAAUAUAUUCAUAUUAUAAAGAAAAAUAUGAUUGGUUUGAAGGGAAGAUCUGAAAUUGGAGAUGGAUAGAGAGUAGGAGGGUGUUGGUGGAUGCUUGUGAUCUAAAAUAUUUAGUUUGUUUGCUGGGAGAAAGAAAAGAAAAUUAGAUCUUGAUAUACAGCACACAUUGUACAUAACUACCUAAUAUAUUAGCUUUAAUGGUUGACUUGAUUAUUCUUUACAAUCAUUUUUAUUUAAAAUA